UUACGCGUCACCUAAAAUGACAUUUCAAAACCCGUUGGGGCUUGAACAGCUAGGUGUUCAUUCUUUGUCCUCGGGGAAUAUGCCUUCAGAAAAUGAAGCAUCCGGCAACGGCCAGGAGAAGAGUGGUCCGGGCAAGAGGAAAAGGACGACGUCCGACCGGUCCGUGAGGAGACUGGCCAUGAGGUGCAGCUCCGCCUCCAGCUGUGGGUCGUCCUCCGCCCACUCCCAGCUGGCCAAGAAGAAGGCUGCAGACGAGCGGCCGAGCAUCUGCGGCGGCACUCUGAGGAGAAUGCAGCGAUGCCCAGCCCUGCCCUCCAAGGUGCUGGGUAAGAUGCAUUGCCUCCAGUGCCCGCCUGCCGACCUGGCCAAGACACUGGCCGUCGCCCACGGUGACGAGGCUACUGACCCAGGGCAGAGGUUAUUGGUCCUCCAGACAGAGGAAGAGCCAAUGAGGAAGAGGAAGGCGGGGCCAUCCCAUCAGUCCUCCAAUCAGCCGCCUUCAGAGACUCCAAUGAUUGUAGAGGCAGCAGCCAGACCUGUGCGCAAAGCACGAUUGGAACGGCUGUACCAAAAGCAGCAGCUACUGGGGAAAGGUGGGUAUGGGUCUGUUUUUGCAGGAGUGCGCAAGUCCGAUGGAUUACCGGUGGCUAUUAAAUAUGUGUCUAAACUCCACGCUGAGGAGGAGAUCACACUACCUGAGUUUGAGGGUCCUCUGCCCGUGGAGGUGGCGAUGAUGAAGCGUGUGUGUUGCGAGACCCCGUGUCCCUACAUCAUCCACAUGCUGGACUGGUUCAGCCUGCAGACCCAGUACGCCCUGGUGCUGGAGCGACCCGAACCUUGCCAAGACCUGCUCAGCUUCUGCCUGGACAACGGAGGCUCUGUACCUGAGCUGAUGGCCAAGAGGGUUCUGGUUCAGCUGGUGGAGGCUCUGCUCCACUGCACCAGGCGCGGCGUCCUGCAUCGCGACGUCAAGCCCGAGAACAUCCUGGUGUGCCUCGACACCUUCGACAUCAAGCUCUUCGACUUCGGCUGCGGAGAACCCUGGAAAACCAGCGGGGCCUACAAGGACUUUGCAGGAACUCUUGACUACACGCCUCCUGAGUGGUUUCUGAAGGGGAAGUACCACGCAGGGCCGGCCACCGUCUGGUCAGUAGGCGUCACGCUGUACGCCAUCGUGUCCGGAUUCCUGCCCUUCGGCAGCCCACGCCAGAUCAUUAAAGGCAAACUGAUGCUGGACACCUUCAUAUCGCAAGAGUGCCGUGACCUGAUCCGCUGGUGCCUGAGUCCAAAGCCGUCUGACCGGCCGACGCUGGAGCAGAUCGAAUGCCACCCCUGGAUGCAGUAAAGAACCAGGCAGAACCCCCCAGAUUGGAACCAUGGAAUGUCCAGUUUGGGUCAAACUCCAUUUGGGGACUUUUAUUACGAAGAGAAGAUUUUACAUUGAAGAAGUUAACGACAAGCAGAUUGGGAGCUAACUCCCCAGGAACAUUAUGGCACUGAUAUAAGCUAAUAUUAAGGUAUGAAUAACAAAAAAAUAAAAUAAAGAAGUAAAAA